GAUAUUCUGUACUCACUCCAGAAUAGUUUCACAUUCGGCAAUUCGAGGUUCAGAUUUCAUAAGUGGUUCGUUCCCACCACUACUGCCCCAUACCCCAAUUUUUUUCUUUCGCAACACAUGGGUGUCCCCUCCAAGAAACUUAAAUAGGACCGAGAUCGAAAUCCAGACUUUGAAGUCACAACUCGACCCAUUCUUGGAAGUUGUCUCGCUAUCACCGUCGAUCGAGCCGACCUUUGUCGUUGAACUGGACCACUCAAGAGGGCUCCCUUGAUGCUGACAUGUGAUCCUGUGACUUGACUUCCUUGUCGAUAUCUGAAGGGUCCGUACACCGUCCACCACCCCCCUUUCCUUACGGCAGAAAGGAAACUUAUGUGCCGUUGGUUUUACUGCGGGAUAUUGGCUGAUAUUGCGGUUGUUUAAACCCCAGAAAUCCAAAGGACAAGUUUCGAGAAUCCGAAGGGGAUCGCACAACCAAUACAUCUCGUGCUCUUGCGUUGCAGAUGCCUGCAACAACGGGAAACUUCCCAGCCGUUCGAUGCCAUUUUUUGGUCCACCAGAAGCACCCCCCCGCGCGGGAUAAUGAAAAGAGUGACACAACAAUAACCGCCAGAAUUAAUAACGUGGGGGUGUCGCUCAAGAAGAGGUAAAGCAAUUUGGUGGCGCGGCGAUGGUCAUCAGGAUGGAGGGGUUGGUUGGUCUUUGCGUGCGGAGUAUUUCCCGAAUCCACAACUCGUUUUGACGAUGGUCUGAGGGCAGGAGAGGAGGGCAGAGUGGUCUGCUCGCUCCAUAGAUCCAGGUGUGGAGUCACGAGGUCGGAGAGUUCGAGGUGACGGCAGGUUCAAGGUUGACAUUCGAAAUGGCACAAACUUGUGGCGUGCUGGUGUUGUGGGGAAGCAAUAAUGGAAGGGGAAGCCUGAGGGGUAUAGUACUCGAGUAGAAGGCCCGGUUUGCCACGUGACCCACCGGCUGCUUAGGUUGGGGAUGGAUCGUUUUGGUUGCAAGCGCAGUUCCCCUUAUCUUUUCAUCGUCUCUGUUCGAUGUUAGCACCUGAAGAAAUUUCAUGGCAAGCCAAAUUUGACUCGAAGCGUUGCUGAGGUCGGCGCUCUCUUUCGGCUGUCGGGAUUGGAGGGCAUGCGAUGUCUUUAUACCCAUCGGCUUAUCAGUCAUGGAUGCUUUUGUUUGAGGGGCACGAUUCCAUCCUGGUCCACAGUCAGUCAAAUCACACGAUAUCCGCAAAUCUGGCCUUCUGGGGCACAAGAUCUAGCGAGCAGUACAGCACUGAUUGCGUAACGCACGUUCAUUUGGUUGCCCCAAACCCUAAAUAUUCAGAUUAGAUACCACGGUCACAGUUUCACUCCUGAAGUGCAGAUUGAAAAGGCCGAAUUCGCUUCUUUGCAGUUUGAUCAAUCUCUCUUCUUUUGCCCCCCAACGCGUUUGAGUCGGUUGUCCGGUCAUACUUCUUUACAGAAAUACUUUUCUCAGCUCAAAUAGGAAAGUCAAAGUUGACAUAUGUUUACCCCAAUACUCGGGACCUCUCCGUUUACUCCUAAUAGCGGCGAACUUUCCCAGUCCGAAUGGGCCAACAUCCUGGAAUAGAUGAGAUACCAAGAUACGUAAAGGAAGGGGUCAAGAUAAAGAGACACUCUCAGCAUAUCAGCAUCAGCGUAACCAGGGUUGUCUGCACGUGGCCAACUGAUAUGAAAGUGUGGUGUCUUUGAGCCGAUAAUGAUGCGAUCUAAACAUGCAAAUCAUACUGCUUUUCUUAUCUGUGGCUGAGCCUGUCAUGAAAACCUCCUUAAGUAUUCCUGGCGGUCCUUAUCUUCGCUUGAGAAAUCUUGCUCUUUUCCUAAACCCCUUUUAUCUUUCGUUCCUUCUUAGCACUUUGAAAAGCUACCUAUUUGUAUCAUCCAUUGGACACGUGAUAUGGUAACUACAUCUCACACUCCUAAAUUGGAAUUCUGCGGAAACAUUAACAAUUCUGGACCUGAUUCGUCGAUUGUAUGUGUUUAAAUGCAAGUGUCGUCAAAUUAAAAUGUUCUCAAUGUCAAUCUCAACCCUUCAGCAAGAUGCGUUCUUUGUCCAAUCCGCCCCUCGAUCCUAUCAAAUUACCAACAACCGCCUCACUAUUCCUUUGUUCUUUACACAGCAUCUUACUGCUUUCGUACUGGAACCACAAGACUCUCACAAUGUUUCUUGUGGCAAAUAAUGGCGGCCUCAUUAUUGCUUCGUUUCGUUUCGUUGUAUUGUUGGUCCAGGUUCUUGGAUUUCAGUCGCAUCGAAAUUUCCUCUGAUCUCUACGGUUCGAAAUGGAUCUCAACCUCUCGAUUUAUCUGCUGGUCCUUUCUUUCAUGCUGACCAUAGGACCAACAUUCGCUCAACUUAAUACCAUCAUUGUUGUUUCAACGGCAACCCUCCCGCCUCUGACAGCUAAAACAAUAGUGGUUGAUGCUCCUACACCCGUGUCUGCGGCAUUCGACUAUGAUAUCCUGGGGUGUUAUAACGAACUGGGUCCAGAGGCCGGUGGGCGAGCAGUCGGCCUCAGUGGCCAAUACAUAAGUCCAGCACAAGUAGUUCCGGAGGCUAUGACGGUCCCACUGUGUUUAGAAUACUGUCAUGAAGCGUUGGCACCAGAUGGAAGUGGACAGUAUAAGUACGCAGCUUUGGAGAAUAGUCGGUAUGUUCAAAAGUCAUCAAUGUUUGGUAUAUGUUUCAGCCAAUACUAACCUAUAAACUUCCAGAGAAUGCUAUUGUGGCCAAACACUUUCCAAUUCUUCCACCAUCCGUGAUCCAGCGUAUUGCAGCUACCCGUGUUCGGGAAAUAUGACCACUACCUGCGGGGGUUACGGAUACCUCGACCUGUACCAGCUGAAGUCCACGAUAACUAACACAAGCCAAAACUCAACCGAGACCACAUCAUCUACCUCAAAUUCAACCCCUACGAGCACGAAUACCUCUUCGCCUCAUGAUCCCGGCAAAACUGCUGGUAUGUGGGUUGGAGUUGCCUUUGGUGUUCUCAUCUUCCUCACCCUCGUCGGCUUCCUCCUUAUCUGUUUAAAGAAUCGACACAAAAAAGCUCACCCUCCUGGCCCACCACCAUAUACACACAAAGAUGACUCCGUCUCACCAAAAUCCUCAAAAUUCGGUCUCUUUCCUUUCAUAGGUGCGUUCGGAGGAAGAAAUUCGAAAAGGAAAGAAAGAGACAAUAACUCCAACGAGAGCGAAAAUGGAUAUACGGGCGACGAAGACGUGGAUGAAUAGCGGAGUGGGAGACAAUAACACAUUACAAACCGCCCUUGCUAGGCCAGAUCAAGGAUGGCCUUUGAGCCCUGAAUUAGGGGCUUCUGAAAAGGGAGUACGGGUGAAAAGGGAAACUUUAGAGGGGUGGAAAUCAGGGGUCGUGCCAGCGCUGCUAGGAGACACGCUAUCAGAUGGAAUGCCUGAGUUGGAGAGUGCGGGGCCUGGAAUACAGAGUCCAAGACAUGGAGAAUUCGGCAGGGCGACAAGCGCGGGAAGUUCAGUUGUGAGCCCUCUGGUGAUGUCUUGGUUGGGUGAAAGGGAUAGUUUUCCGCAAAAAGCUGAGCUGCCAGGCGGUGAGAAUGAAAAUACAAUGUCGAGUGCCGGGCGGACUAACAAUACGGUCUUACAUGAGAGAGUGGAAUUGGAGAGUCCUGUAGGAGACACCAAAGAGGGAGAUACAAACAAGAGUGGCUAAUACUAGCAAAAUCGGAUUCGAGAACGAACCAUCGUUAGCGGGAGGGUAUCGUUUAGUGAAAGCGGAGGGCAUCAUCAAUCCCGCCAGAUCUCGCAAUAACUUCCAUGGAGCCAGGAGUUCGAGUUGGGAUUAAGCAAUCCAUAGUUGCUUUGUUAUAAGAUGAUACUGAUACUCUGCUUCAGCCCACUUGGACACCAACAAUUCUGCAAUGAGAAAUACCGGUACGGCGCUUUCGGUAAAAGAUGGGACGUGGAGGGAAAGUGCAUAUAUAUGGUAAUAGCAGAGAUGGAAUUUCUUUUCCCAUAUUUGAUACUCUCGUUAAAUGUUGCUAUCAAAUUUUGUAAUAGUAAUGUAUGUAAUUACUUAAGCUCAUUGGACAUAAUCAAC